GUCACAUGCAGCUGUCCUUUCAAGUGCUUUGUUUACAAUUUCCCUCCAAUUUUCGACCUAGAAAGGGCCUUUUUAAAUUUGAAUUUAAGUGUUUUUUAAGUUAGUGUUAAUUAUGCAGUCUAGUCCCGGCAAAGAUGUACAAUGGCAACACCCUAACGACGUUCUAAAAUUGCACAAAUUGAAGCUGAAAAAGAAGGCAUUACAACAACGAAUAAACGGUAGUUUUAGCAAUAAAAACGAUGGUAGUGCGUCUAGUCAGAAGGCUUCGCCCUUCGAGAACGUUCUUAGCGGUAGAAAACGUAAAAACCCUUUCGAAAAAAGUGAAAAUGUGCCGAAAAAAGCCAGAAACAACGAGGGACUCCUCGAGGAGUCCACUGACCAAACUUUGUUCAAACUUUUGAACCAGUCAGCUUGUGAUAGUGUUCCUGAUAGCUCACUCACUUCAUUUAAUGGAGUUCUGGCUAGAAUAAAUGAGUUAGAUAAACCUGAAGAGCGCGUGGAGGUUGUAAAAGCUACUGGAAAGGAUUGGUGCCCAAUUGACUGGUGUUUGAGGAGGAAAAUGAGACUAAUUUCCUUAAAACCCUUCCCUUGGAACCAGAAACUGAAAAUUAGUGAAGAAGCCUCGGGAAUAACGAGUUUCACGCGUUGCCUAGACAUGGAACAUAGUGAAUCAACUGUUGAUGUGUCUCCAAACUCAAAAUUCCAUCAGUGUUGUUUAUACUGGCAACAUCCCUCACUCCCUUGGCUUCAACUGUUCCCCAGAACCACCUCGAAAGUGAUUUCAAACGAAUUUAACUUAUCUUCAAGCUCCUCUAUAAAAAAUAAACUUCAUGAAACAUGGACAGAUAGUUUUAGGUCUCUGUUUCAACUGAUACGAACUAGACAGUGUCCAUAUUUUUAUGUGUGUGCUAAUAGUUUUACUGUACUUUUUCGUGCUGCCGGUUUGUUGAGUUACACAGAUGUUCAUGUUAUUAUAACCCCGACAACCAGGGGCUUCAGGCAUAUGCUCAGGCAGGAAGAAAUCGAAUUUACUAUGCCUUUGAAGAAGAAAAGAGCUUCGGACCAGGGUUAUGAGACUCAGGAAUCGGAAUCAGGCCAAACAGAUGAAAGUCAGAGUGAAAAUAAUAAGGAGAAUGAUUUUGAUGAAGAGGACACACCUGACGAAGAAUGGCUCAAAACUAUGGGUAUAAAUUCUGAAGAUAUUAAACAAAUCAAUUAUACACAGGCUAGAAUCGUGCAUAAAACGGAAUGUGAGGUGGAUAAUAGUGAGCAGAGCUUGGUUUUAAUCGAAGGUGUUGAAGUAAAUGCAUUUUUUAACUUUUUAAUUAAUUGUAAAAGCAUUAUAUCUCCUACCGGAGCCCUAGCUGGGGUCCCACCAACAUUACUAGCACCAGUUUCAUUCCAUGGAGCCACUUUGAACUCUUUGAGAGUCAGGGAAAACAAAAUUCAUGAUGAUGGGACAGAUUAUUUUUCUCUCGAACUGAUUGGACCGAUUUUACCAACUACCAUUCACAAUUUACUGAAUAUUAACAGUUCUGAUCACAGUAUGACCAUGGUUUUUAGUGAUAUAGAGACUACAAGGGCUUUUACCAAAGUUAGGAGGAAAAACCAGAGAAAAUCGGACAUAGAGAAACAGGGGACAACAGUUUUUAGCAAGGAAAAUUUGUCAGAUUGUGGAUUGAAUUCGAAAAUCUUAAAAAGUUUUUGUUCUGCCGAUCCUGAGGUUCUUUUUAAUUUGGAGUGUUUGAAAUACUGUGGAGAGACACAAACCUUUACUUGGACGUGAGAUAGAUAUGUUUUUGUCUGUAUUUUUAAGGUUUUAUUUAUUUUUGACGAAUAUAGAAAUGCAUUUUGU